AUGUACCGUAGGGCCUCCCCCGCACCAACGAACCCAACGGCGCGUUCUACGGAGAUCACGGGGUCCCUCCCCACGGCGGCUGCUUUGGGAAGAGGCCAUCGCAAUGGCUCCGUUGCCACGGCCACUUUGCCCCGUGCCUCGCAGCCAUCGUACACCGAAGUGCAAUCACGAGAAGAGGAGGGAGAUUCCUUCUCUGCAAGUGAAUUGAUUAUUCCUUUUCACUUGGACAUCGCAUCUCGGUUGAUGGAACAACGACGGCCGUUGCCUUCAGAGCGAACUGGGAUACUAUUGCAAGCGUCAGAUGUCUUGGAGCUGCAGAAGUCUCUGGAUGACUACGCGGAGGAUUUGCUCUACGCCACGCGGCAGCUUUUCAUGCAUGAUAAUGAAAACAUGGUUCAACGGCUUCAGGAGGCGAAGGAUGUUUCGACAGUGUGCUUGUUUUUGCAGAUGCAGCGUGAAAUGCGGCAACUUACCGGAGACGAUUCCGUGGCCAAGGAGCGCAGCCUCAUCCAACGCCUUUCCGACCACCUGGAACUGUAG